CUCUUCCACCUGAUGAUGGUGGGUUGCAAAUGACUUCUUUGAGCUCUGUUAUUGCAUACUUGUACAUAUUAUGAAGUAAUGCUUUGUAUAUAACCAUAACAUUGAUGCAGAUAAAUCCAGUUUAAGCUCUAACCACCUUUUGGUAGGUCGGCAGCAGCCAAGGUCAAAUCAAACCUGCUGUCUUUAUGGACUGUGGUAUUCAUGCGAGAGAGUGGAUCUCCCCAGCAUUUUGCCAGUGGUUUGUGAAAGAGGCCACAAGUACAUAUGGAAGUGAUAAUCUCAUGACCACCCUUCUUGACAACCUUGUGUUCUACGUUGUUCCAGUCCUCAAUGUGGAUGGCUAUAGCUACACCUGGACAAAUGAUCGCUUGUGGAGAAAGAAUCGCUCCAAGCACCUCAGUAGCUCCUGCCUCGGUGUUGAUCUAAACCGAAACUUUGAUGCUGGAUGGUGCAAAUUGGGAUCCAAGAAUCCAUGUGACGAAACCUUCUGUGGAACUGAAGCUGAAUCUGAGCUAGAGGUGAAAGCUCUCACCAACUUCAUUCGCACUCAUUCUGACAUCAAGCUGUACCUUACCAUCCAUGCCUAUGCACAGGUGCUGAUUGUCCCCUAUUCCUACGACUGUAAAACAACUCCCUGUCACGAUGAGCUGAAUGAAAUUGCAAAAGGUGCGACACAUGCUCUGGCCAGUCUUUAUAAUACAAAAUACAACUAUGGAACUGGAGCUACUGUCCUGUACCCUACUUCUGGAGUUUCUGGCGACUGGUCCUAUGAUCAUGGGAUUAAAUAUUUGUUUACCUUGGAACUCCGGGACGUUGGGCACUAUGGGUUCCUCCUAGCAGAGUCUCAGAUACGACCAACUUGUAAAGAAACUAUGCUGGCAAUCAAAUAUAUUGCUAAAUAUCUUCUGGCUCAUCCCUAUUGAUCAGAUUAAGCGAUGGAAUGUGUAUUGGCUGUUUUGUAUUAUGUAAUAUAUAUUGGAUUUUCUAUCAUCUGUUGUGACUUUAAAAUCAAUUAAAUAUAUUGUGUGUUUUUAUGUAGAGGAAUCGUUUAUACUUCCUAGAUUUUCUAUGUUGAAAUCUAGCUUUAGGAACAUAAGUGCAAUUACAAUAUUUAGCCACUAGGUGUUGCUAAACACCAGAGAAAUUCCUGUUGGGUAUUUGGUUUUCAAGCUCCAAAAAAUCUUGAAUUUACUCCUCAAAAUAAAUUGCUUUGUUACUCUAUCAAUGCCACAACUGAUAUUUGUUUCAUAGUGUUCUUAAUCUAUGUAUCUAUUUAAAUUGUUUUGAUAGGGAUUUUAUUUUGAAUAUAUAGUUUAGGGGUUGGGAUAUAGUCCACUAUGUGAAAGUAUUCCACUUUAAAAGCAUUCAAGGCUCCAGCAGCCUAACAAAAUACUGAUUGUAUAAUGAGAAUUUUAAUAUUGAUUUAAAUGUAUACAGAUAGGAUACAUUGCCUAGAUAAUCUGACAGUUACCCUUUAGUUCAGGUGGUGUGUAAUAGUUUGCAUAAAGGAAUUGUAAUGUUGUUUUAAAUAUAACUUUAAUGUCUAGACUGAUUUUGUUUUAUUUGAUUUUAAACUAAAGUGUUAAACAACAUGUUGAGCUUUUCAGAUCCCAUAUCCUAUGCAGAUUAAUUUUGGUUUUCUCUCAAUACUUGGAUAUUCUACACCUGACGUGACUGAAUUCUUUCCUCAGUCUGUUAAUGAACAGCCGAUUCAAGCUCUCGGUCUUCGUGACUUCCCCUCCUUGCACACGCUACUCAGCAUCACUGCUGGAUGAGAAAUAUCUAAUUCAAGAGUAAGCUCUACAAGAAAUGUGUGUUGUGUGCCCAUUUAAUAAAACGCACAGUCAUUCACUGCAAAGGAAAUUAAAAACUGUCACAUUGCUGUGUUGGGCAAGGCCCAAUCAAGACCCAUUACCAAUUGAAUGUCAAUGGUUGUGAAACUCACAAGAAGAUGAGAUCUCAUCACCAGACCUCGGCACUGCAGUGUACAUGGCUAGA